AAGCGUAAACAACGUAGAAUUAGGACCACUUUCACCAGCGGUCAACUGAAAGAGUUGGAAAAAGCUUUUGCUGAAACCCACUAUCCGGAUAUUUAUACCAGGGAAGAGAUUGCCAUGAAGACAGAGCUGACGGAGGCCAGGGUUCAGGUCUGGUUUCAGAAUAGGCGCGCGAAGUUCCGAAAGAUGGAAAGAGCAAAGCAACAACAACCA